AAUCCGGCAGACCUUCGCGCACCCCUUGACGUAACCAGCCCGCGCCAGCGGAGUAGGGGCGAAGCACGAUUUACCCACUGCUGCCACGCACCAUGGCGAGCCCAGUUCAGCAACAUCCCCAGUCUGGCGGCGGGAAGCGCAAGGUCAAGGCUCAGUACUUGCAGGCCAAGCGUGUUCGGCGCUGCAAUGGCGGCGGUGGGCCCCGGCAGUUGGAACCUGGGCUGAAGGGCAUUCUCAUCACCUGUAACAUGAAUGAACGCAAGUGCGUAGAGGAAGCCUAUAUCCUGCUCAACGAAUAUGGGGACGACUUAUAUGGCCCAGAGAAGUUUAUAGACAAGGAUCAGCAGCCUUCUGGAAGUGAAUGCAGAGAUGAUGAUUUGGAAGCUGCCGUGAAGAAAGAAGUUGGUGACAUUAAGGCAUCUACAGAGAUGAGGCUAAGAAGAUUCCAGUCAAUGGAGAGUGGAGCAAAUAAUGUAGUCUUCAUCAGGACACUUGGGAUAGAACCUGAGAAAUUGGUGCAUCAUAUUCUCCAGGAUAUGUACAAAACCAAGAAGAAGAAGACUCGGGCUAUUCUGCGAAUGUUACCGAUCUCAGGCACAUGCAAGGCUUUCUUAGAAGAUAUGAAAAAAUAUGCAGAAACUUUUUUGGAACCCUGGUUUAAAGCUCCGAAUAAAGGGACAUUUCAGAUUGUAUACAAAGCUCGAAAUAACAGUCAUGUGAAUAGAGAAGAAGUUAUCAAAGAAUUGGCAGGAAUAGUUGGAAGUCUCAAUUCAGAAAACAAAGUGGAUCUUACCAAUCCACAGUACACAGUGGUAGUAGAAAUCAUUAAAGCUGUCUGUUGUCUGAGUGUUGUGAAAGAUUACGUGUUGUUUAGAAAGUAUAAUCUCCAAGAGGUGGUGAAGAGUGCUAAGGACCCGCCACAACUUAACUCCAAGCAGACUGCACAAGCAGGAAAUGGAAAAGAAGCUAAAUUGGAAACUGGUGACAGAUCAAUUCAAAAUGACCCAGCAGAAGAAAAAAAUAACCAGAAGGUGGUACCAAAGAGUAGUGAGGAACUGGGGCAGACAAAACCAAUAUCUAAGGUAUCAAUGGCAAAUGAGGGAGGAGCUAAACCUGAACUUGCAAGUCAAGUCACAGAAGCAUCUGAGUCAAGUGAAAAUGACCUCUCAUAGGAAAAAAAAAUUGUUUGGUGUUGGAGCCACUUGUUCCUGAGAAUGAAGAAAGUAACAAGCCUCAAGCCAUUAAAACUCUCCUUGAAGAAGUGCAACACCAAAUUAAAUAGCAUUUCCUUUCUUUUCCUAA